UGUGCGCACUUAUUAUUUCCGCGUAAUAUUUUCAAUCCAGUUGCAAUCUUCAUUAACAUAUGGAUUCCCGAAUGCGAUGGAUGGUGGUUUAUUGGUAGCGCUGAGUUGUUUACUCAUUAUCAUAACUUAUGCGUGGAUGAAGUUUGUCAAAACAGGACCUGUAUUCAAGAAUGAUUUGGAAAUUGACGGAAAAACUGUCCUUAUUACCGGUGGAAGUUAUGGAAUAGGAAAAGAGACAGCUCUACAACUUGCAAAACGCAAGGCACGGGUAAUUAUCGCCAGUAGAAAUGAACAGCGUGCGUCAGAAGCUAUUUUUGAUAUCAAGAGCCAGAGUGGAAACGAUAUGGUGCACUACAUGAAGCUGGAUUUAUCAGAUUUUGCGGAUGUGAGAAGAUUUGUGAGGAAUUUCAUUGAUACAGAACCUAGGCUGGACAUUUUAAUAAACAAUGCAGGUGUUGCUGUUCCUGGAAUGACAAAUAAUGGGAAUGAUAUUAUUUUAGCAACAAAUCAACUCGGACCUUUUCUUUUAACUAAUCUUUUAAUGCCACUUUUGAAAAGUUCAUCAGAUUCCCAACAUGUUCGAAUAGUAAAUGUCAGUGCUGAUUUAUAUACAAUUGGAAAAAUUGACUUUGGUAAUAUAAAUUUAGGACUUACCAAGGAAAGCCCUUAUCAGCAGAUAAUACAACAAUAUUCAAAUACAAAGUUGAUGAAUGUAUAUUUUACAACAGAACUGAAUAAAAGACUGAGAUCCGAGGAUCCAGAAAACAGUUCUAUAUCAACCUAGACCUAUGCUCUCCAUCCUGGUGUGAUUGCCAGUGAACUUGGUACAGGAGCAAUCCAUAAUACCUUGAUGAAAGUUGGCCACUUGAUACUAAAAGCUUGCUUCAUGCGUCCACUUUUUUAUGGCUGCCAAACCAUUUUGUACUGUUGUCUUCAAAAAGGACUCGAGGAAAAAAGUGGAGGGUAUUUCUCAAAUAUGAGGCUGAGACAAUUAAAAGCAGUUGCAACAGAUUCAGAAACUGGUCUGAAACUCUGGAAAGUAUGUGAACAAAUGACUGGAUUAACUAAAGAAGAAGAUUAUUUUGCAAAAAGCGAUUAAAGUAUUCUGCAUGUUGGAUAUUUCAUAAAUUACAGUACUGGUGGGACGGACCUUCUCAGUGGAAAACUACCUCACAAAUAUAGCAAUUUUGUGAAAGAUGUAUGGUAUCAGUUUAGAACUACAUUACAUUCAUUUUUUUGCAUGCAGAAUUUUUUAUUGGAUUUUCUAUUUUGAAUUUUGUUUACUUGACGAAUUGUGAAAAAUGCUUGAUUGUGUUAUAGUUAGUCCAAUUGAACCCUUUUUCUGGCAUGCUUGUUUCCCAUUGUAGAAAUUAAGUUAUUUAAGUCCUAAAUUAUGCCACAAAACGGCAUUGAAGAUGAUAUCUUAUAUUUAUCCA